UCACAGCCACCUCCGGGUGCAGGUUGCUGUGUAGGCGCUGGGGAGGGAGGCAGGGCAGUUAAACAUUGCCCUUGUGCAGGUUGGGCCGAGCGACAGAAACCAGGCUUUAUUCUCAUCCCCCUCUACAACAUAUCCAGGUUUCAGGAGACAUUUAAACGGACUGGGAAGUUCUCCAUCUUUCUCUCCCCCCCCACUUUAAGGUCUGCAGGGGGGGAAGGAAGUGUUCUGCCUCGUUAGGACUGCACCUUGCUUCGACUUUGGUACAAAGGAGGAUCUGUCCGCCCUGCUGCAGGUAGAUAACUGUGCACAGUGAGCCGGAAGCUGUUCGUGCGUGAAGAAUCCACCUGCUCGAUGUUUCCCGAUUUCCUUCGACCCUCCGGAUCAAAGCAGCUGUUAAAAGGAGGCGCUGAGUUGUCCCAGUGAGUGGUGGAAGCAGUGAAAUGGACCCAAGCUGAUGCCCAGGUACCCCAGCCUGCCCUCAGUUGGCCCCCCCCCCCCCACCGCAGAGAUGGCAGCCUGUCCGGAGGUGCUGCCCUUACCUGAAGCUAUGGUCGGGAGUGUUUUACUGCUGGUGCUGAGCAGUAAUCCCGUGUGGGGAAAUUUCACAACCGUCUCCAGCAACCAUAACAACAGCACAGUUCAGGGACCAAACAUUGCAGCCAUCGUGGCCCCGACAGUCACCCUGGGCGUUCUUGCCAUCGUUCUGGGUGUUCUCGCCUGGCUGUUCUUCGUGGUGAAGAAGAAAAGACAGACCGAAGGAACCUACAGACCCAGCGCCGAGGAACAGUCUGGCACUCACAGUGUGGCCGCACCGGAUGCCUUAAAGCUACCAAAGGAGGAACGACUGAUUUGAGAAAAAAAAAAAAAAAAAAAAAGCUGCAGACACCUAUCAUGGCGGUGUUGCUGAGCGACGUGCCUUCCAGCUGAUAAGCUGAGGAAGAACUUCAGGUUCAAGAGAGGACGGGGAAGGACCUUUUAAACUCUGCGACAUAUUGCAUGAACCCGCUGCUUCCUUUUCUAACAAGCACUAAAUUGUUCCCGGAAACACGCAGCAGAGGAGCGCUGGACGAUCAUUUCAAUCAACUCUGAAUGUAUAACAAGCACAUUUGACACUGCAGUAUUUUAUAGGCACUAAUAAGUGUAGUAAAGAGAUGUUUUCUCUAUUUUUCUUACAAUCUGAAUCACCACGUAGCCUAACUUUAUUUCACUCGAUUCAGCCCGUCAUGAAGUCACUUGUUCAUCUAUGCUUUUCUAUACCCUCAAGCUCAUUUUUCUUUUCCAGUUCAUUUAUUUGGACAAGCACAAGAAAGUCUCUUUUUUACGAAUGCAAUCACGUGUAAUUGUUUUUUGAUUGAACAUAACCCUGCUGUGUAAAUACAAAGCGGCUUUUGAUUUUCUUGAAGCACAAGUAACAAGUUAUCAGAUGUUUACAUUCUGAAGUAUUCUUUUAGCAAUCUUUAUUUAAAAGUGGCAUGGUUUAAACGUUUCUUCAGAUCAGUUAUUUUUCUUCGAGCAGAGAUGUUUGACGUUGGGUUGUUUAUUUAUGCUUUUACCUAUUAAAUAGUGAAAUAUA